UUUAUUUUCAACUUCACUUAUCUUUCUAGAUUUGAGCCUUUUAAUUUAGAAUAUAUUGUAUUCCCUCUCUCAGAAGAAAUGUUGUUCCUGUUUAUAAAUUCCAAUGAAAACUUUACAUUUUGAUUGACACUUCACACAUAUGAACAGGUACUCUACCCUAGAGAGUAGGGAAGAUCCAGUCAGAAAUAAUCUUGAUGGGUGAGCAUUUGAAAUGGUAGGAUAUUCUUUUUAAAAAUAUUAAUCAUGUCCUUCUAGUUAAAAGGUUUAUUUAUUUUUUUAUCAGCACUAAAAUUUUUUAUCUUCAUGGAACUAGAAUUUUUAAGAAACAAUUCCCUCUGGAUACAGAAAGACAGACACAUUCCAAGUCAGUGGGGAAAAUAUAGCUACCCUUUUAUCACUUCCUAUUCUGUGAAAGAUGAGGAUUAUAUCCCAGGAAACUGACCAGAUAUCAGCCAUCAUCAUCAAAGAAACACAGCCAUCGCCAUUGGCUAGCACUUCAGACCCUUCCGCGUUGACAUUUUCAUUCGCAGGGCCAUCAGUGUCGGAAAGGCUAUUGAAUGACUAUUCCUAAGAAGCCCGGAUACUAAAAUGAUCCUUAAAACAGAAAACAUCAGGGAGAUACACAUAGACACAAAGAGGUUUGGAGACAUCCACGGUAACACUCAAUAUCUUACCAGGAAGGACAUUUUCAAAAAUUUCAAUGUAGGUGUCAUUGAUACCUAGGAUAGCACCAUUGCAUAUGGCACCAAUAGUAUCCACACACCUGAUCAUAUGAUUGGAAAUCAGACUAACAUGUACUUAAACUACAUUUGUUAAAACAAUAUACAAAAUCCCUAGGGACCAGUCGGCAAAUAAUCCUAUUUGUAUUGUCAGAGAAGUUUUACUUAUUUUAGGGACAAAGAAAAUCAAAUUUAAAAGAUUCCAUCUGGGCAGGGAGGACACUUAAGAACAAAGACAACCAAUAUAGGCUGCAAAGCCAAAAAAACAGACAUGAAGAAUGAUUAUGCCAUGCCCAGAGCUUGUCUACAUGUGAAUGUUUUUAGUCUGUAAGUAAAAUUUGGGUCAUGAUUUCUAUUACUUGUGGAGGAAAGCAUCCUAUCUGAUACUUUAGUAGGGUAAAAGAGAAUAAAAGUGAUCAUCAUGAUGGUCUAAAGCAGGGGUUAUCUAACUUUUUCUGUAAAGGGCUAGAUAGUAAAUGUUUUAGGCUUUGCAGGUCAUUACCUCUGUCACAAUUGCUCAACUCUGCCAUUGUAGCAUGAAAGCAUAAAUGUAGCCAAGACAACAUGUAAACGAAUGAGUAUGGCUGUGUUCCAAUAAAACGUCAUUUAUGGAUAUUGAAUUUUGAAUUUCAUAUAGUUUUAUUCUUCUUUUGCCCAACUUUUUAAAAAUGCAAAAACCAUUUUUAGAUGACGGGUCCCCCCGCAAAAAGUGGUAAAACGUACUUGACCUCUAGGCCAUAGUUUGCCAGCACCUAGUUUAAAACAAAAAUCUUGAUAGACUUGAACACAAAUUCUUUGGAAGUUGAGGGGAAAACUAGUAACAAACUAGGAAGAGAAGAAAGCUCCCAUAACUUAAAAUUUAUCUACCAGAAAACUACAAUAAACAUCACUUAGUGAAUGAAACAUAACAAACGUUUCUUACUAAGGUCAGGAAGAAAACAUGAAUGCCUGUCACUAUUUCUAUUCAACAGUGUCCUGGCUGUAUGUGUCAGAAGGAUUAUCUGAUCACUCACUUUAAGAAACAUUCUCUUUAAAAAAAACAUUCUCUUUAAAAAAAGAGCUAAAUAUAAAAAUUUAGAAGGUGACCUAAUACAAGCUCAACAUACAAAAAUUAAUAAUUCCCCUCAUAGUAGCAAUAGAUGAUUAGAAAAUAUAAUUAAAAUCCCAUGGUAUCUUAUGUUGUAUUAUAUUUACUUUUAGAAAUUUGGGACUUUUGACCUAUUGUAAAUGCAUGUUUUAAAACCAUCACUAUUGUAAAACAUAACAAUAUAUUUAGGAGUGUACACAAAACUUAAAAGUACAACUCAGUGAACUAUCAAAAACACUGAGUAACCCAAAAGAUAGGAAUAAAUACAACAAUGUGUAAGAUACACACACACACACACACACACACACAUACCACUCUCCAGCCACAAAUUGAAAGACUAAACAGACCUAUAAAUGCAGCACAAUUCCAAACAAAAUCUGAACAGGUUGUGUGUGUGUGUGUAUCUGUGUGCACAUGCAUAAUUUGACAAUAUGAUUCUAAAAUGUCUAAGAAAGUUCAAAGGGCCAAAAAUAUCAAGAUACUUCUAA